AUGUUUAGGGAGGCUGCAACUUACGGCGACUUCACUGACUUGGAGGAGUACACGUCAUCAGUGUCCAGCUACAUCAACAACAAGAACGACGAGUCAGCGUACAGAGAGGAAGUGCAGAGGCUAACGAUCUGGUGUAAAGACAACAACCUGUCUCUGAAUGUUGACAAGACAAAAGAGAUGGUUGUUGACUUUAGGAGGACACGAGGCGACCAUUCACCGCUGAGCAUCAACGGCUCCUCUGUGGAGAUCGUCGACAGCACCAAAUUCCUGGGCGUCCACCUGGAGAAGGACCUCGGCUGGUCCCUCAACACCAGCUCCCUAUUGUGGAGCUGUGGUUUGUCAAAGAUCAGCUGUAAAUAUCUGGCAGCAGCGCUGAAGUCCAACCCCUCCCAUCAGAGAGAACUGGACCUGAGUUACAACAACCUGCAGGAUUCAGGAGUGAAGCAGCUGUGUGGUUUUCUGGAGAUUCCAGGAUCUGGACUUGAAACUCUGAGAUUGUGGAGCUGUGGUUUGUCAAAGAUCAGCUGUGAUUAUCUGGCAGCAGUGCUGAAGUCCAACACCUCCCAUCUGAGAGAACUGGACAUGUUGGGAAACAAGUUGGAGAAUUCAGAUGUGAAGCAGCUGUGUGAUCUUGAGGAGAGUUCAGACUGCAGACUGGAGACUCUGAGGUGGUGGAGCUGAUGGUAAACAGGACGGUGUGUGCUGAGAGAGGAG